AACCCGGAACCGGUUUGGGACUCGAUUCCCAUUGUGAGGCCUGGCCUGAGGCGGGCUCUCAGGCAGAGUGGCAAUCCCCCCUGGACAAAUGGAUUAGCUGCAACCCAUGAGCAACAGCCAUCUCAGCCAAUCGAGGCAGGCAGAAGUUGGUGGGCGGGGGCUCCAUGAAGCAUCUCUUUCCAGCACCCUAAGGGCGAUCAGACAGAGGUGCCCCGGGGUCGCAGGUGUCUACCUGGCUUCCAGGACUAGAUGAUUGGAAACCCCAGUGAUUUGAACUAAGAGCCAACAAGGGGUUGUCCUUGGGUUUGUUUUUUGUGGCGUGCCCUUCACAUUCUUUGCACAGCUCUUUUUGCCAUUAAAAUCUGAAUUUUUAAAAAUGAAGCAAUUGAAAAGGAAAAGGAAAAGCAAUUUUAGUGUUCAGGAAACUCAGACCCUUUUGAAAGAAAUUACCAAGAGGAAGGAAGUCAUUUUUUCCAAGCAGCUCAACACAACGAUCAACGUAAUGAAGCGAAUGGCCUGGGAGGAGAUCGCACAGUGCGUGAAUGCUGUCGGAGAAGGCGAGCAGAGGACAGGCACAGAGGUGAAGAGGCGCUACCUGGACUGGCGGGCACUUAUGAAAAGGAAGAGGAUGAAGGCCAACAUGAAGCUGGUUGGUUCUGGGUUUCCUCUGCCUACAUCUGAUCUAGAUGAUUCUCUCACUGAAGACAUCGAUGAAAAAAUUGCCUUCCGAAAUGAUGCCAAUUUUGACUGGCAGAAUGUGGCAGAUUUCCGGGAUGCAGGUGGAUCCUUAACAGAGGUCAAAGUGGAAGAGGAAGAAAGGGAUCCGCAAAGCCCGGAAUUUGAGAUUGAGGAGGAGGAAGAGAUGCUGUCAUCUGUCAUACCAGAUUCCAGGAGGGAAAACGAGCUCCCUGACUUCCCUCACAUUGAUGAGUUUUUCACCCUCAAUUCCACACCGUCCAGACCCACCUACGAUGAGCCCCAUCUGCUAAUGAACAUAGAGAAACAGAAGCUGGAGCUGGAAAAACGCCGUCUGGAUAUUGAGGCAGAAAGGCUGCAGGUAGAAAAGGAGCGGCUGCAGAUAGAGAAAGAGCGCCUGCGCCACCUGGACCUGGAGCACGAGCGCCUGCAGCUGGAGAAGGAGCGGCUGCAGAUCGAGAGGGAGAAGUGGAGGCUGCAGCUGGUCAGCACGGAGAAACCGGCCCUUGAGAACGACCUUGGCCAGGGCGAGAAGUCCGUGCUGCAGCCACAGGACAUCGAAGCCGAGAAGUUGAAACUCGAGCGUGAGCGCCUACAGCUGGAGAAAGAUCGGCUGCAGUUUUUGAAGUUUGAAUCAGAGAAGCUACAGAUAGAAAAGGAGCGCUUGCAGGUGGAGAAGGAGAGACUGAGGAUUCAGAAAGAAGGGCAUUUGCCUUGACUGCUCUUGGUCCUGGGCUUAGCAAAGGGCAAAGGUUUAUGAACUGUAGAUUUCUCCAACAGUUCAUGUAAAGGUGGUUCUGGAUUAGCUACCCCAUCACCACACCUGUUUAAUGUCAGUGUAUUUAGUAGGAAAACGAUAGAAUACACCGGUAGCUGUGUGCUUCAGUAGUGUAUUAUAUAAACGCUCUGCCCAGCAUAAACAGAAUAGCAGAGGAUCUGCUAGACACUUCCACAUUAGUAAUACUAUAGAGUCCUGUCUUAUUUGUGCACCCCAAAUUUACAAUGUUGUCUAUAGUAAAGUUUUUAUCCAGUGAUUCUGCAGUGGAGUUUGGGCUCCCAGAAGACAUUUGGGAUUGUGGGAUGGUUUUUGGUGGUCAAAAUAAAUGGGUAUAGACUGCUGCCAGCCUCAGUAGAGGCUAUAGGUUCUGCUAUACACCAUGUUUAGCAUAGUUGUCUUCACAGGAAAGAAUUACCCAGUCCAAAAUGUCACUAGUGCCAAGUUUGAAAAAACGGUACACUGGCCUGUGUAUCUUUAUAGCUAUGUUCUACAGUUUUAGAAUAUUAAAACUUAAGAUAUUUAUGUGGUUAGAUACUUAAGUGGCCAAAACCAUUUUAACUGUGAGACAUUACUGUGUAGUAUAUUGAAUAUAGGGAGUGGUGGAGAUUGUAGGUCCUUUAUUCAAGUGGUAUUGUCUAUCAAUAGUCUGAGACCUAGAAAACUGGGACCAUCUGGAGAUUGUUUAAAAUGUGUCACUUUGAAAGGCAAUCGCCUUAAAGAGUCAACGUGUGACUGGGAAGCUUUAGUUCCUCCUUUGAAUCUGUUGUCGUAGUUUGAAUACAGAACUUACCAUUUCAGUAAUGUACUGAAAUACAUAUAUAAGAGAAUGUCAGAAGCUAGUAAAAAUGGUACCAGUGCCAAAAUGGUGAUAGUAGUCCAUGAUGAGAGACCCAAUGAAUUGUCAAUUGAUUUUUAUCUGAAGAGUAGUCAUUUGAGACUGAGAGAUGGGGGAAAUGUCCUCUGCAUCAGUAACAGUGAUGUUGAAAUGAAAGUAGUAACUGUUAUGGUUAGGGGAAAUCUUGCUUAACUUUAGAUCUACAGAAUCUAAAGUUCAGAGAAACCCUGCAGAAAGUAAAUGGCUGAUAUUUUAUAUAGUGGUGUGUUUUUGUCUUUACCCCUUCAGGAUGGCUAAACUUCAGAAUUCAGCAAGCAAAGGGUGGACUUCACCUGAUGAUUUGCUCACAGUGUUCUGAUUGUAGUUUAUCACAGUAAAGUACUUUCUGAUGCACAACGGAGGUGCAAGCGGUUGCACGAAUUCACUUUGUGUUUUCUGUUUUCUGGGGCUGAUAGCUUUAAUACAACACUUCUGUUGGCACACUACCUUGAUUCUGUAUUUGUUAAUUUAAGAAUGGCAAGAAACCAUGAUUGAAUAUAGGUAUGCAAAGGGAAAUAUACCCAUGAUUACUUAUUCUGAUUUUGAUAUAGUGUUAUUUUUUUAUAAUUCUAUUAAAUACUUCUACCUUAGAAAUAAAUUUUCCUGUCUGAAAGUUUAUCAUUCAAA